AUGGCGUCCAGGUCUUCAUGCUGCUAUUGCCCUGGCUGCUCUGACUGUGGUCUCCGCCGCUUACUCAGGCUGUUGCGCAGUGUUAUGUUCUUCUUUCAGUGGAAGAUUGAAUCUGUGGAAAGAGACCGGGCACAGCUGGAAGGCGAACCCAACACCAAGAUUGUGAAAGGCACUGUGACAAGCUGUGGCAAUGAUUAUGGCUGGAUCGAAAACUGUGUCUUCUUCAGCACCGAUGUUGUGAUCGGCCCAGUGCCUCUGCAAGCUGGAGACCAAGUCCUCGCAUUUGUGGAGGAAGACCCACUGUCACAUGACUUGAAAGCAACCGAAGUCUGUGUCUUCUCCGAAGAAGAUAAGCCUAGAGAACCAGACUCCAAGAUCCGUGAUUUAUCUGUGUGUGUUUCCCUCGUCAAGAAAGAUACCGUCUACAUCGCGGAGGAGUACUACUUCUAUCUGGACAGCAUUUCCAAAGCUAUCUUAGGUUUCACACCUUAUGAAGGGGACUGGCUAGAUAUUGAGUACUCUGCUGAAAAAGGGUCACCGAAGAUCACAGUGCACUCCUUGAAGGCCACGAAGUGUAGGCGCCUGCAGGAGGUCCAUGUAACCAGUGUCCACAGACGACAAGGAGUGCUGAAUCACACCAUCUUUUUCACCCUGGUCUCACUGAAACUCCCCGUGGCCUACACCCCUGUUGUAGGCCACGUGGUCAGCGCGGUGAUAGUGCAAAGCAUCCGGCCCAACUACAACUGGAGGGCAAUCUCCAUGACUCCGGUGAACAUGAUGUAG